AUGCGAACGCUAGUUGUAGACAACGGUGGUCAUUCUAUCAAAUAUGGGUUUGCUGAUGAGGAUUGCCGAAUCGUCCCAAAUGCCAUUUUCAAAUCGCGGUCGGAGCGGAAACGGGUUUAUGUAGCCGACGAAUUAGAAGAACUAGAGGAUCGAUCUGCGUUGUUUUUUUCUGUUCCGCUGGACAAAGGAUAUCUGGUUAACUGGGAUGUACAGCGGCGUAUCUGGGAGCAUACGUUUCGUGCGAUCGAUCCCGCCGAGACAAGAAUAGCUUUGACUGACCCGCUCUACCUCGUCCCUGCGUUCAAGGAUUAUAGUGGCGAGCUUCUGCUUGACAUUGGCGGCAAACUUUUGACGAACCAGCUCAAAGAAUGGAUUUCAUACCGGGAUUUGGAUAUGCGAGAAGACACUUAUGUCAUUAAUGAAUGCAAGGAGGAUUCGUGUUUUGUUAGUCUCGACUAUAACGCGGAUAUGCGCUUGGCAAAGCUGAAAAAUAGCGGAAAUACGAUUCGCCGCGAAUACGUGUUACCGGAUUUUCAAGAAUUGAAACGAGGCGUGCUGCGUAUGCAGACGAGGGGCCCUGAACCACAACGCAUCAACCUGAACGCUGAACGAUUUUCGCUGCCAGAAGCUCUGUUCAGGCCAAAUUACAUCGGUAUCAAUCAACUCGGAUUGGCUGAUGGUAUUUCGGCUUCAAUAGAUCGUAUGCAGCCGACGUUUAACCAAGCAGCGACAAAGCUGAUGUCGGCUAUGCUUCAAAGCAAGAAAAAGCCGAUCGUUUCCGAUGAGCCGUACCGUUUCCGAUGUCACGUCGUCGGCGGCUCGACGUUGUUCCCGAAUUUUACUGCGCGAUUAACUGCAGAACUGCGCUCGUUACUGCCAACCUAUGUUGAUGAAGUGGUCGUUGAACGACCAGAGAACCCGAUAACCGCGGCUUGGGAAGCAGGAGCCUCGCUCGCCCGGCAAGACGCACUACCCGGAGGUUUUCUGACCCGCGCCGAAUAUCUUGAAUACGGAGACGACUAUCUCUUUUUCGAAAAGUUCCUCGAAUUCUCCCCCGAGCCUUCCUAUGUCGAGGGGCUAGCAAAGAAGUACACGCCGAAGGAAGAAACCGCCCCGGCUCCUUCCGGUGACCCGCAGCAGGCCUCGACCCAAUUGCCCCCUCCACCCGUGGCUAGC